CGCUCUGUACGUCUCUGCUGCCAAGGCGUUGCGGCAUGGUCAACAAAUUCCGGAGCGUGGGGCGGCGUCUGCGGAUAUACACCAUCAGAUCCCAGUGAACUUAUUGGUGCAAGAUGCGUCACACGGCCAGCGUCGGGAGUGUGUCCAAGUGGUUCCUCGCCAGCAUGCUGCAGGGGGACCAUUCCCGGGCCAUGCUACCUAGGCACACAGUGUGCGAGAGGGUAG